AUGAAGCAAUGUAGCUACUGCGGCUUUAGAAGGAUUGUUGCGCUGAACUCAAAAUACUACUGCGAAGAGUGUGAAGUGUACUACACAUAUAGAAAUAAUAAACAGGAAUACUCGAAUUUUCCAAUGGAAGAGACCGACCAGAUUGCAGUCAAAAGUGGUUUAUGCAAGAAGUGUGAGCCAAGGCAUGAAAGUGGCAGAUGUGUAUGCUGUAGGACGUUUCGGGAGUAUUUUAAGAAGCUUCCAUUCUGUAAGAAAUGCAAAGAAAAAAAUGAAAGAUGCAUUAAGAAUGUGUUUUUCAGAAACUUCAUACUCUACAAAACACAUGAUAGAGUGUUCCCAGUAUUGCACAUUAUUAUUUGUGUAUUCUUGCUCUAUUUUGUACGGAAUAGCAUUGUUUACAGCAUACCUGUGUUAUUUCUAAUUGAGUACCGCAUUAAACGAUCGCUUGGCAUCUCAAUGAUUGCAAAGCUGGUUCUUGUAGCUGGAGUAUUGCACUUAUCAUAUGGAAAGCUAGUCUGUUAUUUGUAUUAUAUAUACCUGAUGAUUUCCAGCAAGAAAUGGCAAUAUAAUGUUCCAAUCAAUCUAGAUAAGCCUCCAAACGAUCUCUUAAAGCAUAUACAGCAUCUUUGUAUAGGAAAAUCAAGUACAGAAUCAAAGCCACAAGUAAAAUGA